CCGUCUCCUCCUACGCCUUCUGUGAUUGUCACUUUAAAUUUUGUCUGCUGAAAAGUUGAAAAUGUUUUCACUUUCUCGCCACGCACUGCAGCACACACGAAAUUUCGCACUUAUUGCUGCUGCGGCUGCCAAGUGGAGACACCCCAAUCGCAAUCCAUUAGGAGUACUCGCAGCUGCAGUGCCCAUCGCACGCUGCUUUGCAGAUACGCGUCACGACAGCGACGAGGCUAAGACGAAUCCCAGUAAAGCCAACAACAUGGAGAAUAAAACCGAAAAGGUUACCGUUAACAAAGAGGAGCUGCGCAAACGCCUAACCCCACUGCAGUAUCAGGUUACUCAGGAGGCGGGCACCGAGCGGCCCUACACAGGCUGCUACAACAAGCACUACGAGAAGGGGGUGUACCAGUGCAUUGUGUGUCAUCAGGAUCUGUUCAGCUCGGACACGAAAUACGACUCGGGCUGCGGCUGGCCAGCGUUCAACGAUGUCCUCGACAAGGGCAAGGUAACCCUCCAUCGGGAUGCCAGCAUACCAGGGGGCAAUAUUUUACUACUAAUUGCACAUCCAGAACGCAUACGCACCGAGGUACGCUGCGCCCGCUGCAACGCCCACAUGGGGCACGUCUUCGAGGAUGGACCCAAGCCAACACGCAAGCGUUACUGCAUCAAUUCUGCGUCCAUAGAGUUUGUCACGGCCGAUCCCGCAGCGACAGGAGGAGCGGCGGCCACUGUGGCCACGCCCACGCCCAUUGCACAGCAGUAAAUGACGAGGGAGAGAAAUCAACGAAGCGAAUCAAAAAUGGAAAAGGAAAAUGGUGUGACCGUUACCAAAAGCUUGUGCGAAAGGAGUCGAAACGAAACUCAAAACUGUUGCUGUUAAGACGUUUUUUACAUGUAUUUUCUAACUAUUUCCGCAAGUGUGGCCAAUUUUAGCUUGUAGUCGAAUGUCCGUCUGGGAAUCAGUUUGUCCAACGGCAGCUGUCCGUCAUAUACUCGUGUGUGUGUGUACGUAUGUGUGGAAAACGUAGGCGUCAGUUUUUUUCCUGGGAAAUCCUCCGUGUGUUUUGUGUAAAUAGCUAAAAGUUUCUCCUAUUUAAUUUGUUUGUUAUACAUACAAUACCGAAUACUACCCCCUGUACAACAUUGAAACACAUUACUAAUUUUAAAGUGAGCGCGCUAAAUAAACGUGUAUUUUUUACAAUA